AUGCCGUUGACGAUUCCAUUGAAGCAGGCUAGUGAUGUCGACUUAUCGACUAGAGUCGCUUCGUUCCUCAAAAAUAACUUUUCGGAACUUGGCGCCGAGGCCUCCAACCAAAUGGCUUCAGAGCUCGACAAGCUCCGUCGAACUGCUUGUGUAAAAGCGCUCGACAAGACUGAGACUUCUCUCCUUGUUCUGACCAAAUAUCACGAUCAGCUUGUCAAAAUUCAAGGAAAGAUUCCCUUUUCUGUGAAGGACUGCGCUGUUACUUUUGCUUGGAAGGACCCAUUUGAAAAGAAGUCUGCUUUUUCAUCCAGCAAGGGAAAGAUAGCCAUGUGUUCGGGCGACUUUGAACAUUUAUGCGUCCUCUGGAAUUGCGGCGCGCUCAUGUCACAGAUCGCCGCGUCACAAAUGGACGAUGACGAGGGGGCGAAAGAAGCGGUGAAGAAUUUCAACAGGGCUGCGGGCAUAUACAACUUCAUCAAAGACAAUGUGGCCGGUGUGCUCAACAAAGAGACUCCGACUACUGAUUUGCUUCCUACGACCCUGACGACCUUAUCAGUUUACAUGUUGGGGUGUGCGCAGGAGCAGAUUUACCACAAGGCCAGCCGAGGCGGGAUGAAGCAAAAUGUUCUCGCCAAGCUCUGUGAACAAGCAUACCAUCACUUCAAGGAGACGAACCGUCAUUCUCAGCAAAUAUCAAAGGAACUUGUUUCCUACUCAAACACGAAGGCAAAGUACUUCAAAGCGCGGGCUCAAUGGCACCAGGCUAAAGCUCAUCAAGCUGACAAGCAAUUUGGAGAGAUGAUCUCGAGGCUGAGAGUUACAGAAGGGCUGGUGAAAGAAUUAUCAAAGGAGUCUCAAAAGUACAAGACUUUCUACAACGACGUCAAGAAUCUACGGGAAGAAGCCGAGAAGGAAAAUAGCUUCAUCUAUCACUGCGUCAUUCCAGCACCAGAUAAGCUCGACGCAAUCGGUCUCGCAGCUGUGGCCAAAGCAACUCCGUACAAAAGAGGUGAUCUUCUGACGCCACCAGACAAAGCUGUCGAUUUCUUUGAAGCUGUUCAACCCAUUGAAGUCAACGAAGCCAACGCCACUUUUGAAUCAAAGAAAAAGGCAUUCGUUGAUGGUCAAAUCGAGCGAAUUCGAGAGUUGACGACAACUCUCAACGGUGUCUUGCGUACGAUGCAUCUUCCAGAAGCAAUUGAAGAGACAUCUGGAGCUGGGGUACCAAGAAGUAUCAGCGAUAAGGCGCUGGAUGUUCGGGUUAAAGGAGGAAUCGACAAGAUCAGAAGCAUGUCAAACAAUAUUCCAGACUCUUUGCAGCGAAACCAGGACUUGCUCAACGAAGCAAAGCGUAUGUUGACAGCAGAACAAGAAUCAGAUGCUGCUCUUCGAGCUCAAUUCGGCACGAGACUUACAGUCACUCCCAGCGACCAACUGACGAAUUCGCUCUGGACAGACUGUCAAAAAUACGAAGGGAUUCUCCAGAAAGCCGUGGAAGCUGACUCCAUUGUCAAGCAAAAGUUGGAAGACAACGCUCGCGGUCUCGAGCUUCUUUCGGGCACUGAUGAUCAACUGAACGAAGCAUUCCCUUCUGGCUCUGUCGCGAAUGUUCUUUCGGACAAUCCAGUCAUCAAGGAAUUGAAAUCUUUGUGCCAGCAAUCUGAUGCCUUGAAAAACGAGCGGGACGUGAUUGAAAGUGAGCUUCGAGGAGCUACAGUCACCAUGAACAUUGAAUUCUGCCAAGCGCUUCAAGAGCAAGGCGUGAUCAAUGCAGAAGAAAUGUCUGACGAGAAGCUAGAAAGUGCUUAUGCCGAACUCGUCGGACAAAUAGAUGAUUCUCGAGAUAGACAAGAAUCAGUUCUGGCGAAUUUGCAACGCUGUAGUCAAGAGUUUUCCAUGCUGAAAAAGUCUGGUGCUGCGGAAGAAGAGCGACAAAAGGUUCUAGGACAGAUUAAUGCUGCGUACGAUAGUUUCCGAGAACUCUGUUCAAAUUUGGAGGAAGGGACAAAGUUUUACAACGACUUGACCAACUACCUGAUCCGCUUGCAAGGAAAAGUGAGCGACUUCUGCUUCGCGCGAAAGACGGAAAAGGAUGAGUUUCUGAGAACUCAGACUAAUGUUGCGAGUGAGGCAGGAAAUAUUGCGACUCCUUCGUUUUUGAAUCAAGCUCAACCACAAGCUCCAGCCCCCGCUGCGCAGCCAGAGAAUCCAUCAGGUCCUCCAGCUCGCCCUCCUCCGCCUUCUUUCCAACAAGGUCCCCCACAACAGCUACAGGAUCAGCCAGCAUGCCCUCCUCAACAAACCCAGGGAGCUCCAACUCCUGCCCCGCGAAACCAACCGCCACAAGGACCUCCAUCGGGCGGUUACCAGCCACAAGGACCUCCUCCUGCCUACGCUCCCCAAUACCAACAAAAUCAAUACCAGCCCCCGAAUCAGCCAUAUCAGCCUCCAUACGGCCAUGCUCCUAAUCCUUCUGGUGCACCUGCUGCUCCUUAUCCUCAGCAAAAUAACUAUUGGAAUCAACAACCUCCUGCUGGAAACUGGAAUCAGCCCCCACCGGGUCAGAACGCCGGCUAUCCGUCCUACCCACCGCAGCAAGGAAACCAAUACCAGCCAUAUCCCAGCCAACCGGGUUACCAAAAUCAGCCUGGUCAAAAUCAAGGUUAUCCACCACAACAAGGCGGUUACCAGGGAAUCCCUCCAUAUCCUCCUCGCUAA